UUUACUUAAAAUCAAAAAAGGAUCAUCCCAACAAUAGUGUAAACUAAUUGUGAUUCCAAGUGCUUGCCACCAGCGACUGCAACUUUUAUUUGCUGACACUGACAAAACGUAGCCAGCUAUAUCCCCAAAUGAAGUGACAAAAGAAAUUGCUGCAGAAGUUCUGAAACAAGUGCGAAAGCAGUACAGCAAAACAAGAAUAAAUAAAAGAAACAAAAAAAAAAAAAAAAGAAUUUAGUGCAAAAGUGAGAACACAGUGUAAACGCUAAACAACAGGUGAACUUUGCAACUUAAAUAUUAACCUGCGUCUCCGAGGAAAAUUUCAUGAGCACUACAUGCUUGCAACCGACACAAAAGCUGCUGAACUGAUUUGCUCUACAACCAGAUCAAGUUGAAUUAGUCGCUAAGUGUUAUGAACAGCUGUUUAAAGAUUAAGGCAGAGAACACUUGAGAGCAUAGCUAAGCGGGUUGACAACUCCGCCAAAUUCGACAUCGAGCGCGACAAGAGGACUACUUUCCAUAAAAGUUUCGGACAAACUGCCAAUAAAGUGGAACUUUUUUCCUUCAACACCCAUACACAGUUAUAUACACAGGGACACACAUACACAACGAAUACACAGUGAAUGAAGUGAACUACUCAGACUGGUUAUAGUUGAUCAAUCGUUGAAUGCUUUGUGGCAAGUGAAUGAAAGUUGAAGAAAAAGAAGAAGGGAAAGAAUUUGCAGAAAUCGUGCAACAUUUGAAGUAAUUAAAAUUUAGUUCCAAAAGUAAAAUCUGCAAAGUGCACCCAAAAAGUAAGCAAAAAAAGAAAAAGUGACGAAAGUUUACAGUUGCAAUAAUAAAAACUACAAAAGCAACUAAUCGAUAAUCGAAAAGUAAGUUAGAGAAAAAUAGCAAAUAAAGAAAAGUGCAAAACCAAGUUGCAACAAAGGGCGCGUGCAUGCAACAUUCCGGCCGCGUGUGGCAGCGGCUCUGCUGUGGCACAGAGCAAACGAAUAAUUAAUUCAAUGCACUUAAAAUUGCAGUUUUCAACUUGAGAAACGACGAGAAAAUCGCAUUUAGCCCAAAACUACCGAUAUACUGACAACAGCAACAAUAACGACAACAAGCAGAACAGAAAUAAUAAUCACAGUGAACGAGUGGCAACACAAAACUAAACUAAAAGUGAAAUAAGAAACCAAAAAAGCUAAAGAACGGAAGCGGAGAGAGCCGAGAGUAGCGAAAAGCGUGGCAAAGUUAGCGUGACAAAGUUUCAUUUGUUGGCAAAUUGAAGCGGCGUGCAGCCUGCUCGACAGCAAGUGAGCGCCAAUUGGAGCGGAGGAGGGCAGAGGGGUGAGUGAGCGAGCGACCGCCUGCUGUGUGAACAACAAAAAUGACGUGCGCCGCUCAUAGACUAAACUGCAUAAAUUCACAAAUACAACAACAGGAACAACAACAAAGAGUUGGACAACUGACAGCAUCCACUAGCGGUUGCAACAACGAUAGCGGCAACGGCAGCGAAAAAUACGCAAAAGUUAAAAAUUGCAAAUUGAUGUCGACGCAACAGCGUGCCACACGCGCACACGCCAUACCCCACCACGGCCAACACCAACAGCAGCAGCAACAAUCACAACAAAAACAACUACAGCAGCAACAAGAAUUGCGCGCAGCUGACAUAAAUUGUAACGGUGCUAGUGGCUGCAACACCGCAAAAUUGCUUGCAGCACAAAAAGAACAGAAACAGCAAGAAAAACAAAAACACAACUCCACCACCUCCAAAAUGUAUGACAACAACAACUUGCAACACUCGCUUGAAGAAGUGGAAAAGCGAAAGGCAGCCACCAAACGCGUCGUUGCCACCAACAGCACCACCGCCACCACGACCACUUUUACCACAAAUGUAAAUAGCGUCCAAUCACGGCGGCAUCAGUUGCAACGGCAUCAACAGCUCACUCCGGUGUGCAUGCCGUUAGGUGAGCGCAAUAGUUGCAGCAACAAUAGUAGCAACAUCAUCACAGCAGCACGAAUGCAUAAGAGUUGCAACAACAAUAACAGACAGCAACAGCGGCAGCGGCAGCUAAUGAAACAACAACCGAAAACUUAUUACCGUUAUACAAAAUCCUUCGCCGGUUACACACGUCUCUUCAGCGUCCUGUUGCUGUUCGCCUUGCAGCAUGUUCCAAGCGUGUUGGCGUCUAGCAAUUUGAUGAACAAGCACGAGCCGAUGUUCAUUUCACGUUCGGAGACAUUCAAAUUCGUUGCUGGCGACACAAUAAGAUUGCCAUGCGAAGUUGCCAAUACAGAUCCUUAUGUGGUUGCAUGGAAGCGUGGCAUCGCCAUACUCACCGCCGGCAAUGUGAAAGUAACACCGGAUCCACGUGUGUCGCGAGCCGAGCGAUUCAACUUACAGAUACGCGACGCAGUGCCACAGGAUGCCGGCGACUACAUCUGCCAGAUCGCCACAAUGGAGCCGCGCGAAAUUACGCACACGGUCGAGAUCUUGGUGCCACCAAGGAUCCAUCACAUUAGCACCGGUGGACAUUUGCAAGUCAAAAAGGGCUCGUCGGUGCGUAUUGAGUGCUCGGCCUCCGGUAAUCCGACGCCGAACGUAACUUGGAGUCGUAAGAAUAAUAUUUUGCCCAACGGCGAGGAGAAGCUGCACUCGCACAUCCUGUCGAUCGAGAACGUGGACCGGCACAAGGGCGGCGUCUACAUUUGUACAGCCAACAACGGCGUCGGUCAACCGGCAUCCAGUCAAGUCGUCCUGCAUGUCCUAUAUCCACCUGAAAUAUCCGUUGAACGUCCAAUAGUCUUCUCCGGCGAAGGGCACGAGGCAAUGCUGGUCUGCAUAGUCCAUGGGGAAACACAACCUGAGGUGCUUUGGUUCAAGGACACCAUGCAACUGGACACCACCGAACGUCACAUCAUGGAGAAUCGCGGCUCACGUCACACGCUGAUUAUACGGAAAGUACAUCCUCAGGACUUUGGUAAUUAUUCUUGUGUGGCCGAGAAUCAGCUGGGUAAAGCACGAAAAACUUUGCAACUGAGCGGGAAACCAAACAUUGCCGUCUUCAAUUCGCCGCCAGUCAGUCAGUAUAAGGACAGAUACAACAUUUCUUGGACCGUGGACUCACACACACCCAUCGAAGAGUACAAGCUGUCCUUCCGAAGGUUGCCGCAAGGACACGAGGUCGAUAACUCCAUCGAUACGCACACCGGCUCGUCAUCCUCCUCGACGCUGCUGCAGAUGUAUGGCGGUGGCGGCGGCGUCGGAGGUGGCAGCAUGGGUGGCGGCUUGCUUGGCAGCCAGCACAAUCAUCGUCUCGGCAGCGGUUUGGGCGCCGGUCUCAGCAGCUACGGCAAUGUGAUGCACUGGGGUCGUAACGAUUGGCGCGAUGUGGUGCUCGCUGCGAUGCCAUUGUCACAUCAUUACACCCAGGGGAUGAGUUAUAUGAUACGCGGACUCGAUCCGGACCAGCACUACGAGGCCACCGUGCAAGCAAGGAAUCGUUAUGGUUGGAGCGACUUGACGCACAGCUUCCUCUUCUCGACAUCUUCGAAUGAUGGACUUAUUGAUCUAUCAUCUUUUCUAAAUCACGGUUCGUCAGACAACGAGAUGCGGGACCUGAGUGUCACCUUCUAUGGCAGCGGUGCCACACACAAACUGCGCUUGAGCCUCACCACGCUCUCAGCUGUGACACUCAUACUGGUGAAACUCAACAAAAGCUUUUGGGUCUAAACACUGCAUAAAAGACCGGAGAAGUGAGGAAUAUGAGUUGGAAUUUUACAAAAUGCCUAAUUAUUGGGGCUAAAGUUGAUAUUAUGCAAUCAGAUUACUUUUAUAACUGUAAAACUAAAGUAGAAAUAGAGAGUAAAAGAGA